CUGCUUUAAUACAAACUCGACCUCCCACAAUAAUCAUGAAACAAGCUGAAAUAUUACAAAGAGUUUUUUUACAUAGAUUAAUUUUUGUAAUUCUUGGAAUAGGAAUUUUAAUUAAUAUAUUUCGAUAUAUAUUAAAUAAUAAUAAAGAGGAAGGAAGAAAUAAUAAAGAUCAAGCAUUUGAAAUUUUAAUUAUUUUACCAAUUUAUGCCAUACUUCCAUUAAUUCCAUUAGUAUUUCCAAUUCUUUGGUUAAUAGUUCGUAGUUUUGCGAAUGCCACAUUACUUCCAUUUGCAUCAGUUGAUCAAAUAUUAUUUCCAAAUGAAGAAGGAGAUAUAACUGUCCUUGAUGUAGCUGAAGAUCCAAGUACAGCUUUUCGUGUAAAGUUUGAGGAUCAAGAUUGGGAUCAACAUUUACGAUUAAAACCUUUAGGACUUAAUCUGUUAUUAAACACGAAUUGUGGUGUAUUACAAGGAAAAAAGCGUGCGGAUCAACAUCGAAAAUAUUCAAGUUUUAAUAUUCAUGCUAAAAUCAAACCUGCGAGACAAUCAUGUUUAUGUCGCCUGGGUAAAGAAAUUGGGUUCACGGAUGACGCACUUCGACCAUUUGUUAAAAGGAAAGAAAUCUUUACCACUGCACCAUGUCAUCCUUCUUUAAGAGAGCGUAUUAGAAAUGAUCAAUGGGAAGUUCCUAGUAUGAAUUCUUCAAUUUAUGAAGAACUUGAAGUGGGAAGUUAUCAAUUAUUAUCAGAUGGUCAUUUAGAAAUCAUACUUGAUAAUUGUUCUGAUUAUUGGGAUGGUCAAGGUUUACAAUCCAUGAGUAAAGAGAUGGAGAAUAAAAUUUAUGAUUUUUAUGCAAAUGCUAUUGUGAAUGAUAUGCAAUGUAUAGCAUAUUCAUAUCGUCCAAUAAAUGUUGAGAACGGAAAUGUAAUUCCAUUUUUAACAUCCACAGCAUCAGAUUGUAGUAGUAUUUAUAUUGUAUUACCUGAUUCACCUGAAGUUGACAAAAUUGAAAUGCAAGAAGGAAGUGAUGACGAAGAUCUCUCUAUAUCACAAUCAAUUAGAUUACAUAGAUUAAAUAAUGGAAUGUUAGAAGCCAAUCUUCAUGAUUUUGCAUUUGACCAAAAUAAUACUACACCACAAGAAGAAGAAAGUUUUUAUCAAGAUGUUAUUCAAGGUCAAAUUUUUUUGGCAAUGGCAACUCUUUGUCAUCAACCAAAAGCAGAUGUUUGCAAUUUUAUUGAAGAUUUAAAAGGGGCAGGAAUUCGUUUUGUCUAUUUUUCUCCAACAGCCGAAAGGGAAAGUAAAGCAUAUGCAGAAAGACUAGGACUUGAAACAGAUUGGAAUAGUUGUAUACUUUUAUCAUCACCUGGAGAUGAAAAUUCAUUCGGAGAUGGAUAUUUAGAAUCUCAUGAUAUAAAGGCUCGUCUUCCACGAGGAAUUGAUAAUACUAGAAAUCAUUUAGAAGAUGUUGAUGAUAUUCCUCUUCAUGUUUCAUUAUUUGCUGAGUGUACACCGGAAUCAACUCAAGAAAUGAUUAAAAUCUUUCAACAAUAUGGAGAAGUGGUUUGUUGUAUUGGAAGCGCUUUAAAUAGUUGUAAUACUUAUUCAUUCGCGGUGGCUGAUGUUAGUGUUGCUAUGGAACCAACCCACACACGUAUUUUGACGAAGAAUGGUCCUCGUGAAAUAAGAGGACAAUCACCAAUCGCAUUAGGUGCAGCAUUUGCUGCUUUACCAUGUGGAUUAUUUAUGCAUUAUGAUACAAGUUUAUAUGCACUUACUGAUGUUAUACGAGAAGCUAGAAGAUUAAUAAAUGGAUUACGAAUGGGAAUUGCAUUUUUGAUUGGAACAUAUUUAUCAAUGUCCUUAAUAAUAUUAUUAUCUUAUUGUCUCUGUUUACCUCCAGUCUUUACUGGAUAUCAUAUAUUAUGGAUUACUUGUGUUAUAUCACCAAUUUUGGCACUUUCUUUUCUCUUUAAUCCUCAUGUUUCGGAUACGAUGACUACGAUGACAGUGAAAAACAUUGAACACCUUCGCGAUUUACCCAGAUUUAUGAUCUAUUUUAUAUUACGUUUUUCAUUGUUAAUAAUAAUGUCAUGUACUACGUUUGCUAUAUGUCUAAAUUAUUUUAUUAAUGACUUUGAUUCACCAAUAUUUGGAUCAUAUGGGAAACUUGGAUGGUUACAUUGGACAAAUGAGCAACAAUGGAUUGUUCUUUAUGCUCAAAAUUUAACAUUAUUUGCAUUU